AUGAAGCUGCCGGCUGUUCUCCCAUCGUAUUUGGCUCCUGCUGCUGGGGGCGGCGGUGGCGUACGCGCUGGCUCGCUGGCCGCCAGCGCCGCCGCCGCGCUGCGCGCCUUCUCCUCGGUGCGCGCCACGCCGCAGCGCCUGCAGCUGGCCGCCGCGCUGCUCGCCUCCGCCGUCGUCGUCGCCGCCGCCUACCAGUGGACGAGAAGAGGAGAGGAUCACGGAGCUAGGAAACUGGCAGGCGAUGAACCGCGGUUAACUGGCGGCGGCGAUGGUGUAACGGUUAGCAUAUCGGGCUGGUUAUUCAAGUUGGCUGGUUCAAACUCGAUCGAAGCCGUGGGUUCUUAA